AUUUACUGAAUUAUCAAGAGACUAUUUUGUCUCAAUUCCACAUAUUUGUAAUACUAACAUAAUUCAGCCAGCAUGUAACUAUGAAUAUUGCAAUAUUAAAUAUGUAACAAUUAGUUGAUUCAUCAACAUCAUUGGCGACGAACUACAAAAGCGGUGAUUCACCUGAAAGCGUCUUAACACGUUAGUUAAAAAAGAUAUACUAAGACCCAAUAACAAACAGUGUGCGUAUAACAAUCCUGAAAUGGAUGUGAGAACUGUGACAUUACAAAUACUUUGUCAGUUUUGAUAAUACGUUUCAGUUUCAUUUUGUAGUUGUUGUUUUACUGGUGAGACACCUGACUCGUGACAAUGCCUCUGUUCCAUGAUAUCGACGAGUCGGGCUUGAAUCCAGGAGACCAUAUAUAUGUAUGGAGGACAUUGUAUUUAUACUCGCAUCACGGGAUUGUAGCAGAGAAAAAAAGGGGUGUUUGGCAAAUCAUACAUUUUACUGGAGAUGAAAGCAAAUCAAAGAGCACAGCCAGGAUUAGAAUAACGUCUCUUGAGGAAUUUAAAGAUAAUGAUGAUAUACGAUUAUAUAGGUAUGAUAGUUCCCUGGCGGUUUGCAGAUUAAAGAGAAGUGGAACCUGCUGUCCUGUGCCCAGUGAUCCUGUGGAGGAUGUUUUGCGUCGAGCUAGAGAGUGUUUAGAUGAGGGUCUGCCUGAAGAUGGCGAGUAUAAUUUAUUGGUGAAUAACUGUGAACAUUUCUGCUUGUAUGGUCAUCCCUGGUGGGCUUGCAAAUUAAAGAGACGUGGAACCUGUUGUCCUGAGUCCAGUGAUCCUGUGGAUGAUGUUUUGCGCCGAGCUAGAGAGUGUUUCGAUAAAGGCCUGCCUGAAGAUGGAUCUGUCAUCGUUCAAAUAGUGACAUUAUUAAUGAUUUUUGGACAAACGUUUGCAUGUACAAGCAGUUAUGACCGACGUGAGUGGAAACUGCAGGAAUACGCCAAGGCAAGAAGCAGAAGGCUUACAGGACGUGAUGGCGGUUCAGAUGAUUACAACUCACACAACCCUGCAACCGAAACAGUUGGUAAUAGGUCUUAUGAUGUAACAACAUUGCAGAGAAAAAAAGGGGUGUUUGGCAAAUCAUACAUUUUACUGGAGAUGAAAGCAAAUCAAGAGACAGCCAGGAUUAGAAUAACGUCUCUUGAGGAAUUUAAAGAAGACAGUGAUGGGGACAUACGACUAUAUAGGUAUGAUCAUCCCUGGUUGGCUUGUAAAUUAAAGAGACGUGGAACCUGUUGUACUGAGCCCAGUGAUCCUGUGGAGGAUGUUUUGCGUCGAGCUAGAAACUGUUUAGAUGAAGGCCUGCCUGAAGAUGGAGAGUAUGAUUUAUUGGAUGGGGUACGCACAUACCCUGCCAAGACAGAAGCCCUGCAUAUGUGGCCAGUUCGACAAAGUGCCAAGGAAAUAAAGACUUUCUUGGGUUUUGCUAGGUAUUAUUAUCGCUAUGUGAAGGACUUUGUGAAAACAGCAAAACCGUUGAAUGAACUGACAAGAAUAAAUGUAAUGACAGAAGACAACUUCCAGAGUUCAAAUGGACUGUGGAGUGUCAGGCUGCAUUUGAAACGUCAGUUGACAACAACACCACGUCUGACAACACCACCAGUGUUGGCUUAUGAGAAACCAUUUAAGUCACGCACACAAGAUAGGACUGGGUGCGGCUCUGUAUCAAGACCAUGA